AUGGUACGCUACUUGCCUUUUUUGCUCCAGAGGAAACUCAAAGCCAUCCUUUGUCUUUUUCUCCUUAUGGUUGUCCUGAUACACAUCGUGAUGGAUUUUGUGCCCUCUGCUGAUUAUACGUCCUGCAGGUGUCUAUCUAAAGCAACAAGUACCUUGGACCAUUUAUCACCCAGUUCCAUAUUAGCAACUCAGAAUAAGAUGAAUCUGAGGAAUCUUCAGGAUUUUAGUAGCAGUAACAGCUCCUUGGAAAAAGGAUUUCACUCAACAGAAGGUGUGUCACAUGUGGGUGGCCUCAGCAAUGUGGCUCUCCAAGAUGACAACAUCAAGCAACAGGAAACCAAAGAAAAACCCAGCCAGAAAAUCAAAUCCAAAUUGUCUGCUCUUUUUCAUCAUCCUCUGUAUAAGAUCCCAAUCCCAAAAGUUACAAGGAAAGACAAACUAUUUGGGAUCAAGCCAAAGAUGAGUCUCUUCAUAAAAAGUAGUGAUGAACGAAUCAUAAGCAACAAUGCAGAAGAUUUUCAGAACCACAGUGCUCACCCUGCUUGGCUCAGUUUUUACGCUGGAAUCAAUCGCUAUGAACUGUACGGCCGCCAUGAUCCCUCUCGCCAUGACUUGAUGAAGGAUUUGGCCAAACAGAAAAUUAUCAGCUCAGUUCAGAAGCCUGGAGGAACUCAACUGAAGCUUAUCAUGACUUUUCCCAAUCAUGGCCAAGCUCUCUUCAAACCUAUGAAGCAAACCCGAGACCAGGAAACUUCAGCAGACUUCUUUUACUUUUCAGACUUUGAGCGGCACAAUGCAGAAAUAUCAGCUUUUCAUUUGGACAGGAUCUUGGACUUUAGAAGAAUUCCCCCAGUUUCUGGACGCUUGGUGAACAUAGGCGAGGACAUUCGUGACAUUACAACAGAUAUGAAACUGUUUAAAACGUUUUUCAUCUCCCCAGCUGGCAACAUCUGUUUCUUUGGUGUGUGCUCCUACUAUUGCUCCACUGAACAUGCUUUGUGUGGCAAACCUGACCAGAUUGAAGGAUCCAUGGCAGCUUUGUUGCCUGACAAAACGAUAGCUGAACGUCGGUCUUGGCGGAGUCCCUGGAGGCGUUCCUAUUCCAAGACCAAGAAAGCUGAGUGGGAGCUGAAUGAAGAUUACUGUGCUCAGGUUCGAAAGACACCACCCUAUGACAACACGGCCCGACUUCUCAGUCUCAUUGACAUGACCAUACUUGAUUUUCUCAUGGGAAAUAUGGAUAGGCACCAUUAUGAGACAUUUGAAAAGUUUGGUAACCACACUUUUUAUCUUCACCUGGACAAUGGCAGAGGAUUUGGAAGACAUUCUCAUGAUGAAAUGUCUAUUCUGACUCCUCUUCGUCAAUGCUGCAUUAUUAAAAAGUCAACCUUCCUGCGGCUGGAACUGCUUGCUACUGAGCCUUUUCGCUUGAGUGAUGUCAUGCGUGAAUCAUUAGCCUCAGAUCCCCUGUCUCCAGUCUUAUCAGAGCCUCAUCUGGAAGCACUGGAUCGACGACUCAAAAAGAUAUUGGCUAUGGUGGAAAACUGCAGGAAGGCAGAUGGACAUGAAGAAGUAAUAGUCGAUGACUUAAAAGGAAAGCUGUAUUUUUAGUUCAGAGUAGCUAGAGGAGUGAUAGCGAUCUAUCUUACAGUAGACCCAUAAUAACCCCAACCUGCUAUUUCUGUUUACUCAUGAAGAAAUUAUUUUGAAUCUACCAUUGCUAUUUAUGGGGGGGGGCAUGUAUAGUUUAUUGAGUUCAUGUAUGGAACUGUGAACUUUGUCCACUGCCAGACCAUUUGUUCAUUUAAGUAAGGUCUAGAUUACCUGUUACCUUAACAGUCAUGCACAGCAAGAAAUCAGUUCAGACUAUGGUGCCAACUUCCAGUCAAUUCCUCCAGACUGCCUCUUGAGAGAGAGAAGAGUAUCAGGAGUAAAAAGGGACUGAAGGCUAGGGAGAGUUCACAGUAUCUUGUGUCACCAGUUCCUUGAAAUUGCCCAGAAGUUGCUUCUGCAGCUCUUGAUAUGAAAAAAAAGUUAUCUGCCUCUGACAACUGCUAGGCAAUAUUACCUACUAAGACCUCAGGCACCAAGUUUUCCUAUUGUUAUGGUCCUUUUAGAAAGGGCAAGAUGUGAACCUGGAAUCGUCUGCCUGAAAGCAUAUAAAUGGUUAUCUGAAUAAUUAGUUCAAUGUAUUAUACAACAUUCUGCUUCAGGUAAUGACCAAUAUUCUACAGGAACAUAACCAGUUGAUAGUGAGCCAUCCAGCCCAUAUUACUGACCUUGACCAGCAGUGGCUCACUGGCAUUUUAGACAUUUUUUCCCCCAAGUCCUUCUUGGUGAUGCCAAGAAUAAAAUUUUAGAUCUCUCAUAUAUAAAGAGGAAAUGAUGUGUGAAGUCUACCCAGAGGGGAAUGUGUAGACUCAGGCAAGGCUCCUAUUGGGCAGGUAUUGUGGUUCUCCAGAUAUUCUUGACAACAUCUGCUAGCAACAUCCAGAAGCACCAGUCAAUGAGACAGCCAAUGAAGGUUGCUGUUCAAAAGCAUCUUGACAGAUACAGGUUGCUUACUCCUGUCCUUGGAUAGGUGGAUUCAAAGGAAAACAUACAUACAAUGAUUUAACAUGAUUGCCCAUUAAUUGGUUUUAUGGCCUUUUGCAUGGAAAUUUUUUUAAAGCAAUUGAAGAAAUACUAUUGUAGCUACUAGUCAAUUACCGUAUGACAAAUUUAUUGGGAACUUCAGGUAUGAGUGUUUGUAUUUCUCUAGGAAUAUGACAAAUGAAUGAAUAACAAAUUGUUUUAAUGAUAUUUUACGUCUUUAGUGGGGAAAGUAGCCAAGGUAUAUUUUCUGCUGAAAAUGAUAAGCAAAUGUGCCAUGGUUUAUUCAGGAUAUUGUAUUAACUCUGAAAAGAUUGCAUCAUGUUUAUUAAUUGUGCCUCAGUGUUCAUACAUAUCUUUUUCAAGUUUUUCACAGCAACAGAUUUUCUAGAUCCUGUUAAAUAAGAGUGUAAGAUGAAAAUAA